AAACAUUUUCAUUUUCAGACAUUGACAUCUCCAGCUUGAGCCAUGAAUGGAAGCCAAAGGGUGCCGGAAAUUUCACAAAAAAUAAAAAUGACCGGAGGAUCAAAGCUGUUUGAUGACGCCGUGACUGUGCAAAUUAACAUGAAAGAGAACAAAAAUAUUGAAAAAGUCAGCAACUUCCGACGGUUUAACUCUAACCAGGCUCGUGUUGAAAAAGACAGAAACCAAGCUUCGAUGAUUUUUGAUACUGACGACAUUGACUCAGGAAAUGGAUCGAAAAAUUCAAAAAUGGAAGUGAAAAUUACAAUUAAUAUGAAACAAAUUGAAAAGCAUCAUCGGGAAAUCGAUUCUUACAUUUCGCCGUUUUCUCCAUCACCGGAUUCAAUUUUUCUGCGCAUUCCAUUGUUGCCACAAGACUAUGCGCGCAUUGAAGAAGCAAGAGCCUCGCUUGACCAACUUGUUCGCAAAUGUCACCAAAUGACUCCAAAAAUCAUCCCACCCAACGACGCGAAAAAUUUCCUUCAAAACCUUCGACGGAUCGAUGUGCGUUGCAGUGCGUUGUACCCAAGGCCACCGGCACCUGGAGACAAGGAGAAAAAGAGCUACCGAAUGUGUCCAUGCUUUGAGCCGGAAAUUGAGGACAUUGAACGUCUCGUUGUUCACUAUGACGGUGUUUUCCAAGCCAUCAAGUAUUUCCACAAUCUUGACCUCUUCAUGGAGCACCAACGAGCUGAGAAGAGAAAUCUUUUCGGAUUGGACUGUUCGGAUGAUGAGGAUGAUCAUUUUGAAGAUGAAGAAGAGUAUGAGCAUGAGUGUCGUCAUCACUGUACUUGUAACAAUGAGGAUGAAGAAGAUGUGAAGAUGGGACAAGAUAAUGAUCGUAAGAAACUCGAGAGCAAAAUGAUCAAAAAAUUCGAACAGAAAGGUUUCUAUUACAAUGCGGAGAAGCAGCGAGCACUUCUACGGGAGUCUCUCCAAAAACUUGCUCUGAAUUCUGGACCUGGAUCUGGAUCUGGAUCUGGGCUCUGAUAACGACUUUCAAAACUUAUAGUACAAUUUUAUUCUGGAAUCCGACUUUCCCCUUGCUUCAAAACUUGAUCCCAAAAUGCUGUAUAUUCAAACUCAAAUCCCUUCUCUUUCAAUUUUGUAACCUUUCCCAUUGUUUUUCCGAUUUUCCUUGCAACGCAUUGUAUAUCCCGUUUAUUUUUAAAAGUAAGCCAACAAUUUCGAGUGUGAACCAAUUCCAGAUUUCCGCGUGAAACAGGUCCCUCCGUUUGUAAUUACUGAACAUGACUAAGAGAAGUGAGCAAAACAUCGAUUGUUGUAAAUUUAUACUUCUCGACACUAAUUUCUAUAGAGCAUUUUAAUUGGACAAAAUAAAGUGAAAUGUAAAAAAA